GUCUGAGCGUCAUCUGCCCGGCGAUUCUGUUUUACUCUCCGACCCCGGACAUGGCGCUGUGGUUGGGGCUUCGGGCGGUGCUGGUGGUCGCGGGGCUGGCGGUGCUGCUGCAGCUGAUCAGGGGUUGGCUCAGCUCCAAGUCCUACGUCUUCAACCGGGAGGAGAUCGCUCGUCUGGCCAAGGAACACUCGGGGCUGGAUUAUGAAGUGGCUUUCUCUAAAAUCAUCGUGGAGCUGAGGAAGAAGCACCCGGGUCACAUUCUGCAGGACGAGGAUUUACAGUGGGUGUUUGUGAAUGCGGGGGGCUGGAUGGGCUCCAUGUGUCUGCUCCACGCCUCACUCACUGAGUAUGUGCUGCUUUUUGGCACCGCUGUGGAUACUGGGGGCCACUCAGGUCGUUACUGGGCGGAGAUAUCGGACACCAUACUCUCUGGAACCUUCCGCCAGUGGAAAGAAGGAACGACCAAAAGUGAAAUAUUUUAUCCAGGAGAUACCAUUGUGCAUGAGGUGGGGGAGGCCACGUCGGUGCAGUGGAGCUCUGGGACGUGGAUGGUGGAGUACGGCCGGGGGUUCAUCCCUUCCACUCUGGCCUUUGCUUUGGCCGACACCAUAUUCAGCACCCAGGACUUCCUCACCCUCUUCUACACUGUGAAGGUUUAUAGUAAGGCCCUUCUGCUGGAGGCCAGCACCCACCUCUCACAACUGGGCUUCUUCUGACUGAUGCCGCUGCCAUACUGAUUCACCCUCUCCCUUUCCUGGGCUCAUUUCUGCCUCUACCAGCGGGGGCACUAGCUCUGUGUAACCCCCCCCAUCCCAUAGUGUCAGAUCUAUGGAGCAGCCCCAGGAAUAUCUAUGGCCUUGAGACGGGGCUUCCAGGGAUCCCCCAGGGCCAAUCAGCAUUGUUACUCGGUGUCACCUGACCUUCAGGCUGGGCCCCAGUGUUUCAGAGCCACUGACUUGUGUUUGAGACCCACAAUGUGCCGCACAUUCAGGCAGUCGGGCCCUAAGCUGGAGCUACAACACUAACACUUGGGGCCCCACAGGAUAAAUAAAGCAUUUGCCCAUAUUGGGAGAGGAAACACUGAA